AUGCAAUAUGAGUAUCUAUCUGAUUAUCAGCGUCCAAUCUUUUUAUAUCGAGGUUUAAUUACUUUCAAAUUAAAUAAUAUUUCAAAAAUGCAACUUGGAUAUUGUAGCGGGUUUGCAAUCGAAUCAGAUGUAGAUUUUCCUAUUGACAUUGGCGAGGGCAAUAUUUCUUAUAUUAAUUUAGUUGAUUUAUAUUCAUGGGGAACAAUCGUUGAAUUUAAGAACAUAAAUGGAACAAUUAAAUACAUAAAUAUAAAUCAUUGCAGAGAUGAAUACGCAGAAGAUCUCAGAUAUUUCAAUCUUGUAAAUAGCAAGAUUAAAUGUCAGUAUCUGGCUGUUUAUAACUGUUACAAUGACUUUAAAUGGGAUGGAAUCUAUAUUUAUAGCUAUUCAUCUGAUACUUCCAUUUUGAUGGUAGAAAAUUAUUAUCUUCAAGAGAGUUAUGUUGUUGACAAAAAUUGGGCAACAGAUAGAAUCAAUGAAUCUACAAGCUUCUUAACUACUUAUUUUGAUGAUUUCGCACGUAUUAAGUUAAUUUCUGAUUAUAAUAAAAUUACAGGAAUGGUAGAUGCUAGUUAUCCAUAUUUUAGGAAGAAAUUCAGCAUCUUCAGAAAUAGAAGAAGACAAUUUUAUAUAGGGUGUCCAAAGGUGUGUUUAGCACAAACCUGA